UGGAAGCAGUUUCAAAAGGGCGCCAAUAUCUCAUUCCCUUUCCUUUUACGUAACUUUCGCAUCUCUCUCAACUGCUCAAUCCAAUCUUGCUCAGAAACUGAUCACACACAUGUUGAUGCAACUUUCAACCCCUUUUGCAAAUUUUCAAUCUUUUUGGCAGUGACAUGAUUAAUCGUCUCCUGGGUCAUUCUCGGAUUCUGAUUCUAUAGUACAUGUCAUGCGCAGCCAUUGCUGCCAUAUGAGUUUGAGGUUCUUAUUCUUUAUUUUCCUUAACAUUGUCCAAAUUCUGGGGGGAAAUUUUCAUCUCGAGGUUUUUGGAGACUUUGAUGAGAGGCCUAAGUAGAAAGCAUGAUGCUUGAGCUUUGUCCUCUUCUGUGGUUUCCUUACAAUUUCUCUCAGAUGGAAUGGCAGAUCUUUCUAUCUUUGGAAGUUCUGAGCGUCUCGAGCAAGCGUUCAUUACAUUAAAAAAGGGCACGCAGUUAGUAAAGUAUAGUCGAAAAGGGAAGCCGAAAUUUUGUUCGUUCAGACUCUCAUCGGAUGAAACAAAGCUGAUUUGGAUUUCUCAUGGAAAGGAAAAGAAUCUAAAAUUAGCUGCUGUUUCACACAUCAUCCCAGGACAGAGAACAGCUGUCUUUAGAAGAUACUUGCGUCCUGAAAAGGAUUAUCUGUCAUUUUCACUGAUUUACAAGAAGGGGGAAAGAUCACUUGAUCUGAUCUGCAAGGACCAAGCAGAGGUAGAGAUAUGGUUUUCAUGUCUUAAAGCAUUAAUUUCCUCUGGAGAGCGUAUUAAGCGUGGAAUAAGUGAUUUAAGCAAUGAUUGUGUUGACUUAGUUGCUGGAACACUAGAGUUCGCAUCAAGCAUUAGCCGUAGCAGGUUUUCUUUUGAAUCGGCAUCUCAUGAAUCUACAUCGUCUUGGUCCAGGUCGGAUACAAAUAUGGCACAGAGGACAAGUAUCGGAGAUGGUUCUCGUGUUAGUAUAUCAAGUAUUAGCCACUCAAGUAGUGUAGGAUCAGGACUAGAUGACAUAGAAUCUCUUGGUGAUGUUUUCAUAUGGGGAGAGGUUUGGGGAGAUGGCAAUUCAUCUGAUGGAUUGGGGAGCCAAGCUUCUGGUAAGAUUGAUGUGUUGACUCCUAAGGCAUUAGAAUCUGAUGUUGUUCUUGAUGUCAAUCAGAUUGGGCCCGGUGUACGUCACAUUGCGUUAGUUACAAGGCAAGGUGAGCUUUUUACAUGGGGAGAGGACUCUGGUGGAAGACUUGGCCAUGGCUUUGAAAAAGAUUUUGGCCGACCUCAUCUUGUAGAGUCCCUAGCAAUUACCAACAUGUCUUCUGUUGCAUGUGGUGAAUAUCAUUCAUGUGCCGUGUCUGUAUCUGGUGACUUGUUCACCUGGGGUGAUGCUACAAAUAGUGCAGGACUUCUUGGUCAUGGCAGUGAUGUUAGCUACUGCAUACCAAAGAGGGUGAGUGGCGCUUUAGAGGGACACCAGGUUGUAUCCGUAGCAUGCGGCGCAUGGCAUUCAGCAUUAGCAACCACCCUUGGGAAAUUGUUUACCUUUGGUGAUGGAAGAUUUGGUGUAUUAGGCCAUGGAGAUAGAGAAUGUGUAUCAUAUCCAAAGCAGGUACAAUUAUUGAGUGGACAAAAGGCUAUUAAAGUUGCAUGUGGAAUGUGGCAUUCAGCUGCUAUUAUAGAGAUUAUGGAUCCGUCUGGUUCAAACCCUUCAUCCAAGAAGAUCUUCACAUGGGGUGAUGGUGAUCAGUAUCGUUUGGGUCAUGUUAACAAGGAAAAUUACCUUCAACCAACUUGUGUAGCUGCCCUUGCUGAUUAUAGCUUUAACCAGAUUGCAUGUGGGUACACUAUGACUGUUGCACUCACUGUAUCUGGUCAUGUUUUUACAAUGGGAGGCACAGCAUAUGGUCAACUAGGAAAUCCAAAUUCUGAUGGAAAAGUCCCAAUUCUAGUCCGAGAUAAGUUGGUAGGUGAGUUCGUGGAGGAAAUAGCAUGCGGAGCAAAUCAUGUCGCUGUAUUGACUUCAAGAAGUGAACUAUAUACUUGGGGUAGAGGUGCCAAUGGAAGACUAGGACACGGAGACACAGAUGACCAGAAAACUCCAACCUUGGUAGAAGCCUUGAAAGACAGGCAUGUUAGGAAUAUCGCAUGUGGCUCUACCUUUACAUGUUGUAUAUGCUUACAUAAAUGGCUUUCUGGAGUUGACCAAUCUGUUUGCUCUGAUUGUCGACAACCGUUUGGUUUUACCCGAAAAAGGCAUAAUUGCUAUAAUUGUGGAUUGGUGUUUUGCCAUCCUUGUAGUUCAAAAAAGGCUUCUAGAGCAGCAUUGGCUCCGACACCUAGCAAACCACAUCGUGUGUGUGAUGCUUGUUAUGCUAAGCUAAAAGGUGCUGAUAGUGCUUCAAACUUAAAUAAAGAAAUUAGUCGUCCUUCCUCGUAUGGAAGGGAAAAAUUUGAGCGGGCAGAGGUGAAGUCUUCCAGAAUUCUCUUGCCUCCCAUCACAGAACCCAUAAAAUACCUUGAGAUUAGGACUAUUAAGCAUGGAAAUAUAGAUGAGACUUCUUCCAUGGUCCGAGCAGCUCAAGUUCCUAUAUCUUUGCAAUUGAAAGAUGUCGCAUUUCCAAUUUCGCUGAGUUCUGCACAGAAUUUUUUCAAGCCUCUUAUUCAGUCAAGUCAUACUCAGUCUCCACCUCCACCAAUUAGACCUAUGUCACCAUAUGCUAAAAGAAGACCACCAAGCCCACCUCGUUCUACCUCCCCUGGAUUUUCAAGAAGCCUUAUUGAUAAUUUAAAAAAGAAAAGUGAUCAUAUGACUCAAGAAGUCUCAAAAUUGCAAAACAAAAAUAAAAGUUUGAAGCAGAAGAGUGAAACACAAGAAAUGAAGAUUCAGGAGCUUCAGAAAGUUAUUGAAGAGGAAUCUUCUAAGUUUAGGGAAGCAAAGGAUUUUAUUAAGUCCAUGACAGAUAAGUUGAGGGAAGUGAUUGAGACUUUGCAAUCUGAGAUUCCUGACAAUGAGACUUUGAGAACCAUGCAUGCUCAAGCUGAAGAGUUUCUUAAUGAAGAAAAACGUUUGGAACCUUCUUCCUCCCAACUGAGCCUCAACUCUAAUCCACAAAGUGCACCUGAUGUACCUGCCUCGGAUAGUAACUCUCCAAAGCUGAAAGAGCGAAGCGAUGAUACUUCCGGGGUUGUUCCAUCCCCAGACGGAGAAAAUACUUUUGAAGAAACCGGCAACUCAUCUGCAUCUAGUAGAGCAGUGAGUCCACCAAACUCAAGAAAUAUUUCAAGAUUAAGGGACUCCAAUGUACAUUUGACAGAAGGAGAAAGAUCAAUCAUUGAACAAUUUGAGUCAGGUGUUUAUGUCACCCUCGUUGUACUACCUAAUGGUUACAAAGUUUUCAAACGAAUUAGAUUCAGUAAACGAAGAUUCAAUGAGCAGCAAGCAGAAGAAUGGUGGAACCAAAACAAAGAUAAGGUGUAUAGUAAAUACAUUCCACCACCACCCACAAAAAAUGCAAUUACUGAACCAUCUGUUACCUCUACAAAUGCUGAAGAGAAUAGUGAGGCGUUACCUUCUUCCUAAACAUAUUUCUCUGGUUUACCUGGACAUACAAUAUUCUGAUGAAAUGAUUCAGAGAAUAGAGGUAGCAUCAGUCUCUCAAGUGUAAAAAAACUAUAUUAGGCUAAUUACUGUAAAAAACAUGUCAGUAUCUACAGCAGUCUUGAUAUGACCUUGAAUAGAGGAUAGAAUAUGUAGUAUGAUUUAGAGGUAGCAAAAUUUACUUUUGAUUAACAUUAUUUGGAUCUCACUUACCCUGUAACUCUUCCUCUAUAAAUCCCUUUUAUUAGCUUUUGUAUUUUUGGCCUUCAAACACAGAUAUUGUUAUUGGUAUUGUACAUUGGUACGUGUGUAAUUUAGCUCCUCUACCAAAUCUAGAGAUUCAAUUAA